AUGGCACUGGUGCCGACUCAGGCUUCCGGGCCUCUCUCCUCCCUGGGAGCCUUUAGCUGGAUCCCCCCCCAGAGCUGCGUUGGUGCCGUCCGCCGGUCACGUGGGCGGGAAGAUGGCGGCUCCCAGUGCGCACUGCGAGCGUCGCUCCUGGUGAAGCGGCCCUGGCGGCGAACUCUCCCUGGCUGCUCUGGCCCAUGUAGCUCUGGGUUAGUUCCCUGGAUCGGAGUCCUGACCACCAGGCUGGGGCUGUGGUGUCCUCAGCCGAGCCCCUUUCUACCGCUCUCUGCCCGGCUCUGUCGCCUUCUCUCCUCUGGGUGUCUUGGCCCCGGCCCCAGGCUGGGCCCAAGCCAAAGGCGCUGCCCAGAGCGUGACAGCCGCCUCCCGCCCGCAGGCCUGCGCUGUGGCAGCGCGCUCUUCCGCCACGAGGUGGGCUACGUCCUGGGCCAGCUGCAGCACGAGGCAGCGGUGCCCCACCUGGCGGCCGCCCUGGCCCGCCCCGCCGAGAGCCCCAUGGUGCGGCACGAGUGCGCCGAGGCCCUGGGCGCCAUCGCGCGGCCCGCCUGCCUGGCGGUGCUGCGGGCCCACGCGGCCGACCCCGAGCGCGUGGUGCGCGAGAGCUGCGAGGUGGCCCUGGACAUGUACGCGCACGAGAACGCCGCGGCCUUCCAGUACGCCGACGGGCUGGAGCAGCUGCGCGGCGCCGCCUGCUAGACCCCCUCCCCACCCCGCCAGGCCGCCUGGCGGGGCUGCCCAGGACCCUGCAGGGUCACCUCUCCCCGCAGGACUCGCGUCUAAACUGGAUUCGUGUAACUCGGGUCUCGUUUCUCGACUCGCUCGGGGUGCACUUGACCUGCCCCCGCCCUGGCGGCUGUGCCCCGCCUGGGCCUGCACAACUGCUGCUCAGCUAGACUCCCCGAGUCCCCUGGAAGCUGCCCCUGCCCCGGCCACUGUGCCCCGUCUGGGCCUGCACAACUGCUGCUCAGCUAGACUCCCCAAGUCCCCUGGAAGCUGCCCCUGCCCCGGCCACUGUCCCCCGUCCGGGCCUGCACAACUGC